CGUAUCCUCCACCUACAAUUAUAAUUUAUAAUCAAACACCAACUCAGGCUGAUGAUCGUAUAAAAUAAGAGAAGCACCAGCCACUUUCUUAAGAACACUCCCACAUGAUCACAUUCCCACUCCCUCUCACCCAAAAUUCUUCUGUCUCUUCCGCUUUUAGCAACAGAAUUGUAUUAUUGUAAAGCACCAGCCAUUUUCUUCAGGCCUCCUCCUCAUCAAGGUUUUGUUCGUUGAAGAAAGAAGAAAAGACUGUCAUUUUCUCUCUUCUGGGUGUUUACGUCGUCUGCUCUGGGCUGAGAUAUUAUUUUCUUUGGACCAAUUGGGUGGGGCAGCUGGAGGAAGAAAACCCAAUAAACAAAAGUCAGUCUUUAUGUACCAAGUGGUUGCUGGUGAUUGUCCCAUUCGGUACGCAAUUUUAUAACGCUGUGGAUACGACCUUUUCUUCUCUCUAUUUCUCUGUUGCGUUUCUUCUUUCUCAUUGGGGCUGCUUUCUUCUCCUAUAAAAGUGACAGAAAAUGGCGGAAAAUCCAAAGUUGGAUUCGGCUGCUACUGAAGAGGUUUAUGGAUUAGAAGAAAAAAUGGGUACCCAGAAAAUCUCAGUUUCCGAUCAUAUAAACGGCUUUCAUUACACAGCAGAUAAAUCUGACAGCUUUGUCAUUGAUAUGGAAAGCUUCUCCCAUGGCACCGAUAAAGAUAUUACUCCAAAUUCUAGAGUCUCGAUGCAGAGAAAUCUUUCUCGGAAAUGGUCUCAGCGUGAUGGGGAGAAGAAGAUAAAUUACAACGCCAUUUCAACUGAUAGAGAUAUUUUGGCUGGAGGAGCAUCUUCACCCUUAGCUGCUCUUGUAGGAUCUAGCACGCCUAAGUCCCCACUGGCUAUGGGGACCAUAGAUCAUUCAAGCAACCCGCAGGUCCAUCAUCAAAUCACCGUCACAGCAGCCAACAUCGGCACCACCACCGAUGGCAGAUGUGUUGUUCGGAGAAAUAGUUUCCGGCGCUCUUCAUCUUGGGCCAUCGACCCCAAGAGGGUUCUUUUCUUCUUUGCCACCAUGUCAAGCAUUGGAACAAUCUUGUUGAUAUACUUCACCCUUUCAAUUGCCAAGUACAAUGCAGAUGAAAACAGUCUAGAUUGGCAGCAGUGACAUAACGUGUGCACUUUGUAGUAGAAUUUAAGAUGGAAGACAUGGGAAAGUAGCUACUCGAAAAAGCGGCUUCUUUCUAAUGAGAGAUUUGGGACAAGAUUACACAACAGAAAGAUGAUGAUUUAGUUCCAAGGAUGGAAAAAGCUAACAACCUCCCACCACUCUUGUCUUCAUACAGAAACCAAACUUGUUUUUGCAGAAUUUUAGAAGUGAUGACAACGUCGUACUGCAUUGUGACAAGGAGAAGGAAU